AGUAAGACCUCAAAGUGUAUCCUGGGGGAGAGUGCUGCCAGCCAGAGGUAACGUUAUGCCACAAAGUGUUGGUAAUAUUGGAGUUAAACCCGGAGUUGCAGGUGCCCUUGGAGCACUGGGGAGCCGAUAUGGCACCAAAGCAAUGAAGACUGGAAUUGGCCGCUAUCCAGGGGCUCAGCUUGGUGUUGGAGGUUACAGAGCUCUUGGAUUAGGAGGUAGAGCAGGCCUGAAGCAAGGUGGAUAUGGAGGCCAGGGAGCCUAUGGUGCCGCUCUGGGCACAGGAAUGUUGGGGACUGGACUUACAAAUGGACUGGGACUCGGCCAGGGAGGGAAACAUGGUUAUGGUACUGGCUUUGGCACUCCACCAGGAUAUGGGACUUUAGCCGGCAUUGGCUAUCCUGGAGCCCGACCAGGAAUUGGACUUGGGUAUUCCACUGGACAGAAGGCUAAGGAACAGAAACCUGGUGUGUCUGCAGCAGAUUUGGGUGGACCACAGAUGGCCAAUCUGGGCCAAGCUGUUCAAGAUCAGAAGAGAGAAAAGAGCAAAGCACUUGGUCCCUCGUAUGGAGACAGAAGUCUUGGACCUGAAAUGCCCAACAUCAGGAGAAGCAAUAUACUUACUGCUCCUGAAUUACAGGCAGAAACUGGCUUUAGACCUGCUGUACUGCCACAUGGAAGAAAUGUCCAAAGCCUUGAUCCAGUAUUUAAGUCACUAAGUCUUGGACAUAUGACACCCCUUGAUAAAAAGAGUAAAGGUCUUGGUCUGGCUGUUUCACAAGCACAAGGAGGAGAAGGUUAUGAGCCUAUAGUCUUAGAAAGAAUAGGUGCAGCAAGCCAUGGAGCUACAAUGGCUGCUGGCGGUGUCAGACAGCAACUGCCUCUUUAUAAAGACAACAUUAGAAGUCUGGGUUCUGCUUCCUCUCAGGUACAGAGUGCAAGAGACUAUGAUUCAUCUAUCCAACAAAAUCAACGAGCCCCAAACUGUGGAUCCGCUCGUGAUUUGUCAGAUGUGUUAGGAAUCAAUCACAAUGAGCUUUUGGGUUCAGACACACAGAGGACUCAAGGUUUAGUGCCCCAGGAUCAUGUUGGUAAGGACAGCAAACAUCUUGUACGUGCAACUCCACAAGCGCAAGGAGAGAGAACCAAUCAACAGCCUCUUUUACAAACUCACGAUGGCAGAAGCAAUAUAUUUUCUUCUCCACAAGGUCAGGAAACCAGAAGAUAUGUAUCUGUUGUAGCAGACAGGCAGGGUGUCAAAGACCUUGGGCUUGUGGCUAAAGACAAAAAUGGGCCUGGACUCCAUGGGACUAUAGCUGUAGAAAAUCAUCCUGCACAAGGAGGGGGUAGCUAUGGACCAGUUAUCCCGGGUGCAAGUGGAACCCAAAGUUUAGGCAUCGCCUCAGUAGAAGGGAAGGAAGCCCAAGGUUUUACUGCUGGUGGUCAGAAAGCAAAACAUCUUUCCCAUGCUGAACGUGAGUCAAAAGCUCUCAGCAUCCCAGGACAGACUGGGAGGAAUACCCAGGCAACAAGAUAUAUGGGUGGAGCAGGAAACUAUCUGGGAGCAAGCCUGGGCGCCGGGGCCUACGGAGCAGGUUUGGGACAGGGAGGAUACUUGGGUGGUGCAGCUGGCAAACUUGGAGCUGCUGCUGCUCUUGGACAGGAUGGGUAUCCCCUAGGCGUUGCAGGGAAGUUACCUGGCUAUGGUGAGGGAGCAACAGGACACCUGGGUGCCAUGGCAGGCAAUGGCUUUGGUUAUGGGAAUGGUUACAGCAAUGGUCACGGGGCUGGGCUUGGUUACCCUUCAGAGUUAGCUGAUGGUGCUGAGAACAAAGCAGGGAAGCAUCAAGGUAACCGUUUUGGGGAGUUAUAACCUGCUAAAACCCAUAACAGGUGAUGGCACUAACCCGUAGAUGCUUUAACAUGGGACAAAUAUACAACUGACAAAAUAAGAGGCCUUCACGGAAGCACACAUGUCCAAUGUGGUAUUUUAUCCAUAGGGUGUAGCUAUUGUCUCUUAUUUAUAGAAGCUGACCAGUUUAUUCUGGGGGUUUCUGACCUCCUGCUCAUGUAGUUGCUUUUCACACAGUUUAAUUUAAAGGU